AUGACUUCCCCCAAGGGAGAAACAUCAAAAAUCCAACUAACCGACCAAACCAAUCUUCUACCCUUCCGGCAAAUUAUUAUAGUCUACAUUGCUCUCUCUUCUUGCGUCGUCGUUACCGCCCUCGACUCCGUCAUCGUUGCAACCUCGCUUUCCACAAUCGCCAAUUCCUUCCGGGCGGGCUCCGUCAUCUCCUGGGUUCCUUCCGCCUAUCUCCUCACUUCAACCGCGUUCCAGCCGCUGUACGGUCGGUUUAGUGAUAUUUUUGGCCGCAAGAGCGCCAUGUGUCUCGCAAUGGGACUGUAUAUGCUCGGAAAUUUAAUCUCUGGUUUUACGAAAGGGAGUAUUGUACAGGUUAUUAUUUGUCGGGGCGUGGCAGGAGCUGGGGGAGGAGGCAUCGUGGGGAUGAUGCAGAUCAUCGUAUCGGAUAUCAUCACGUUAAGAGAAAGGGGAAAAUAUCAUGGUAUGAUUGGAGCUGUUGUCGCCUUGGGUUACACCAUCGGUCCAAUCGUUGGUGGUCUCUUGGCCCAAAAAGUUAGCUGGCGGUGGUGUUUCUGGGUGACUCUUCCCCUAUCUCUCGUAUCCUCGGCCGUUGUGGUCCUCGUGUUACCUGUUAAGCCUGUAGCAGGUGAUAUUCGAAAAAAACUCCUCCUAAUUGAUUAUGUUGGUUCCCUUCUCACACUCAUUGGUUGCGCGCUUAUCAUGCUUCCUCUUAUUUGGGGCGGUGUGACCUUCCCUUGGACUCAUCCUGUCACUCUCAGCCUUCUCUCCGCCGGCGCACUCGUAGUAUUGUUAUUUUGUUUGUACGAGUGGAAAUGCGCAAAACUUCCAAUUGUUCCGAUGUAUAUAUUCAAGCACAGCACAGUUUCCGGCGUGUAUAUUUGUAUGUUCGCCAAUGGAUUCGUAUUCUUCUCAUCUUUGUACUACAUACCUCAGUUCUUCCAAGCGGGCUUAGGGUAUUCGCCUAUUCGCGCCGGACUCUUCCUUAUUCCGCUUCUCGUCGGUCAGACCGCGUUCUCUUGGGUUGCUGGCAUGCUAGUCAGCCACACUGGUCGAUAUAGGACAAUCGUUUACACCGGUUUCGCCUUUAUUGCCAUCUCAUGCGGCUUCAUCUCGACCAUAACCCAUCACACUUCAAAAGCGACGAUGGUCGUUUUGAUGUUGUUAGUGGGAUGUGGAAGUGGAUUGACUCUCGCGACGACUACGGUAGCUGUUCAGGCUAGCGUGGAGAGGAAGGACAUGUCAGUCGUUACUGCCUUUAGAAAUUUCGUUCGUAGCCUCGGAGCUGCAUUCUCGCUUUCGGUCGCCUCUUCCGUAGUAAACAACUCCCUUCUGGCCUCUAUGAUUGAAAUUUCCCUAUCUCCCUCAACCAUCACCACAAUCCUCAAUGAUCCCUCCGUUCUCGCACGUGCCUCCUCGAUUGGUUUGCCUGAUGAACAGGCACUCCACGUUCUCGAGCACGGAUACGAAGCUGGGUUCAAGACAUUUUUCAUUAUUAACGCUUCGUUGGGAGUAAUGGCAACGAUUGUGAGCGCGACGAUGGUUAAGCAUAAGGAGUUGAGUCGGGAUGAUGACGAAAAGUUGAAGAAUGAGGCAAAAGCGGGGUUGAAGAAACAGGAAGAGAAUCAAGAUACGGAGGCAGGCGUGCAGAGCUCGGACUUGGUGGUGAAACGAGACACUGAGAUGGAGGUGUCGGAUGUUCGAAUGGUCAGCCGUGCUGAAAGCUCGAAGAUGUAAAAGUGUCACAAGUUUUGACUGACAAAAGGGCCUAAUAAUGAGAGGGUCUCCAAGUGGGGGACCAAAACGUUCAGAAGAGCUCAAUUUUCGAGGAUCUUGAUAGUAUCUAAGUAGCACCGGCGAGUGGCAGGACCCACUACUAGUUAAGAUAUGAACAGUAUAGUAAAAUGCUAAGCAGUAAGUAUGAUGGUAUAAUUACAGAAUACAUUCUGUAACUUUA